CUAGCAAUAGAAGUGUGAAAGAAAAUAGAGCAGUAGAAGAGCAGCAAAGCAACACAGAUUUGCUUCCAUUUCAACUGAAAAUUCGUCUACAAAACCGACGAGAUAAGGGUUGAGCGGAUCGGAUCCAAGUAGAAUCGGGUUGGAAAGAGAGUGUAUGAUGGACCAGGAAUCGGGUUGGGAAGAACUGAGGAAAGAAGCUCGUAAGAUCGAAGGCGAUCUUGAUGUUAAGCUCUCUUCUUAUGCUAAGCUCGGCGCUCGUGUCACUCAAGGAGGUUUUGCAGAUGCUGAAACACCAACAAUGGCGUCCAACCGUUCAUGGAAGUCAAUGGAGAUGGAAAUACAGUCAUUACUUGAGAAGUUGUUGGAUGUGAAUGAUUCCAUGAGUAGAUGUGCUGCAUCUGCAGCACCUACCACUUCAGUUACACAGAAGCUUGCAAGACACAGGGAUAUACUUCAUGAGUUUAGCCAGGAAUUCAGACGAAUCAAAGGAAACAUAAGUGCAAUGACAGAGCAUGCUGAGCUUCUAAGUUCUGUAAGAGACGAUAUCAGUGAAUACAAGGCAUCUGGGAGCAUGUCACCAAGAAUGCAGAUACUAAGGGAAAGAGCUGCUAUCCAUGGAAGCAUAUCACAUAUGGAUGAUGUGAUAAUUCAGGCUCAAACAACAAGGGCAGCUUUGGGGUCUCAAAGGGCCAUGUUUGGUGAUGUUCAAGGGAAAGUUAAACAACUAAGCGACAAGUUCCCCUAUAGUUCGGGGACUAAUCGGGUCUAUUAGAAGGAAGAAAUCAAGGGAUACUCUCAUUCUAUCUGCUGUCAUUGCGGCUUGUACAUUGUUUCUCAUUAUAUAUUGGCUGUCAAAGUGAAAAAGGCUAAUGUCUUUAUCAUGAAAAUGUGAAAACAAUGCUAUAUUCCAUAGAAAUUUUGUCCAGUUUGUUAUUAAAAUUCAGAACUUGGAGACGUUUUUUGUGCAUUUUUUGGACAUUUACUUUCUUAUUGUUGAGAUAAUGAGAUAGUUAUAUGAUGUAUAUCCCCUGCUUUUGGAGGGUGUUAU